CAACGUUAUCGUUGGAAGUGGACCUUUCAGCCAAUAGGAAGUCAGCUAGCAUGAUAACAAAUUAGCGCGCAUUGAUACAUUUAUAGAGGGCGCAGCGCUCUCUCGUUAGUCCAUUGUCGUGUCGUCGUCGGUGGUGUUCGCGGCUUUUGGCGAGUGGAGUUAUUGGACUUGUCUGCUUGUGGUGUGUGGUUUAAAGCGUGUAGUUACAAGCUGUCAAGACUUUCAGUGGUGGCUUUGCUUGAAGGAAAUGGCUUCUGGGGUGACUGUGUCCGAUGCGUGUAAAACUACCUACGAAGAGAUAAAAAAGGAUAAGAAGCAUCGGUAUGUGGUGUUUUUCAUUCGAGAUGAGAAACAGAUAGAUGUUGAAUAUAUAGGUGAACGUAAUGCCACCUACGAUCAAUUCCUAGAAGACUUACAGAAAGCUGGUGUAGGAGAAUGUCGAUACGGACUGUUCGAUUUCGAGUAUACCCACCAAUGCCAAGGAACCUCCGAGGCAUCAAAGAAACAGAAAUUGUUCCUUAUGUCGUGGUGCCCAGACACUGCCAAAGUUAAGAAGAAGAUGUUAUACUCGUCUAGCUUUGAUGCUCUCAAGAAGUCUCUAGUUGGAGUGCAAAAAUACAUUCAGGCAACAGACCUGUCUGAAGCAUCUCAGGAGGCUGUGGAAGAGAAGUUGCGAGCCACCGACCGGCAGUAAGGUGCGCCCGAGCAUUCGAGGCUCGAGGAUUUGCUCCAAUCUUUCUGGCCCACGGGAAGACUAGGCUUGCUAGUCUCAUUGGUACGCGGGGAAGCUGCUCUCUCUCUCGCCACUUGAGUUUCAUUAUGUUAAGUAUGGUAAUAAAGAGUGAUGCAACAAAAAAAAAAUUAUGUAAAGAACUGAACAGUACUUUUCGCAGACAUUCUGGUGGCACCAACCACUGGUUUAAGUCUGUAAUUCUUGUCAUUGUAAUUUCAUAUACAAAAAAAACCUAUUUCCUAAUUUUAAUAUUAUGAGGAAUACCAAACUCCGUAUGAAGUUAUCUAUGAAAUGAAAUAAAAAUGUAUCAUUUCUGUAGAUCAUGUGAUCAGUAUACAUUAAAUUAAUUUCUAAUGAAAUUUUUUUGAGUGUUCAUUUGUUUGAUGAUGUCGUUUAGAAUUCAAAUAAUAAUGUAAAUUGCGUAUUGGUAUCUUUUAAUGUUGGCGGCAUUGUGUGCAACAGUGCGACUGUAUUUAAAAAUUGUCAUGUGCUGUCUUGGAUUAUGAAUGUUUGCAAUAAUUAUAUUGUGUAAAUAAAUUGCAUGCUUAAUCGAUUUCUGAGCAACAAAAUGCCCCUGUACUCAUUUGUAAAUGGUUUGGAUUUUUAAUUUAGCCACAUUUUGUAGGUUACCUGCAGUUAAUUUGUAAUAAUGCUUUACAUCUGUGGCUAUGAUUUGUAUUUCAAGUUAUUUAUGGACUGACUUUGUUUUGUGCACAGUUGAAUAUAUUUUAAGAUGACUGUAGCAUAAUAUUUUACAGAUUUUUUAAAUUUCUAUUUUGCAAGUUUGACUUAUGUAUUAUAAAGAGGCCUACUUAAUGUAUGAGUCAGAUGCUGUAUUACGCUUUUAGUACUCAACUUAUUAUUUUCACUGAAUAAAAUAAAUUUGGAAGAAAAAGAAA